UAUUAAAAGUAUAUUUCCUAUUAACAGAGUAACCUUGUUACUUAUAAUGUUUAUCUUUUCUUUAAAAUUUUAUUUUUAAGUAAUCUCUUCACCUAAUGUGCAGCUUGAACUCGUAACCCCAAGAUCAGGAGUCACAUGCUCCACUGACUGAGCCAGCCAGGCGCCCCACUUAUGUUUUUCUGACUUUAAAUUGCUACCCAUGCAUUUAUUUUAUUUGCAUUUGCCUGCUUUAUUUUGCCCAUUUAAAACAGUCUGUCAUUUUUAUGGUAAUAAAUAGCUGCCGUUUUGACUUAAUGGUUACUGUUACCAUUAACCAUUAAUGGUUACUCUGGGUUACUUAACCCAGAGUCCUAGACUCUGUUAAGCACUUCACUUGUCAUAUCUCACUUGAUUCUGUAGCAGCCCUCUGAGUGGAUUUUUUUAAUCUUCCCUUUGCAAAUAAGGAAACUGAGGCUUGGAGGAUUAAUGACUUGCCUAAGGAUAAACAGUGAGUAUUUUCAACCACAGUUGUACAGUAUUUUAAGUGUAUGUUUUUUAAGCAUCCACAGGAUUCAGUGUUGCUUUAAAAAAUAAACUUAACAUUUUUUUUUUUUUUUUUUUUGAGAGAGAGCAAGAGAGAGAGAGCUGGGGAGGGGCAGAGAGAGGGGGACAGAGGAUCCAAAGCAGGCUCUGUGCUGUCAGUGCAGAGCCCGACGCAGGGCUGUAAUUCAUGAACCACAAGAUCGUGACAUGAGCCAAAAUCAGAAGUCGGAUGGUCGACUGACUGAGCCCCCCAGAUGCCCGUAGUGUUGCUGUUCUUGCAGGAUGUGUCAGAAGGAAGUUUUAGAAGGAAGUUUAAUGGAGAGGUACAUAUUUUUUGAAGACAUUCUUUUUGGGAUUCUGCACCUGUCUCAUGUGUCUCUUUAUCUUUGACCAUCACAAUAUCUAGUCAACAUUUGUGUUGAACUUGUUGGUUCAGAGGUAUGAGUCCAGAUGGCCAGGCUAACUUCUUAUAUACUGAAACUAUUAUCACCUGGUACAGGUUUUCAACUCUUGGCUACUAAGAGUUCUAACCUAAAGUUGCAGGGGUGGGAAGGAAGAAUCUUCCGGAUUGGUUGUUAGGUGCCAGUGAAAGAUGCUGCUUGCACUUGGGCCCUUCUUUCCUGGAGAGGCAGCACCAUGUCUGUCUUGGGCAUCUGUGCAGAAUAUGUACAGCUGCGUCUUAUGGGAUGGCUCUCUAACCCCAAAGGUCUCCCAUUUAAUGUGGUGAGUCCCCAGUAGGCCAUUUCAUCAUUCUCCCCAGCCAGCUGUUUUGGGUGAUGGGGUAUGUGACAAGAUGAGUGAAUCCCAUGACCAUGGGUCAUAACAGUGAAAAGUUGUACAGUAAGUCUAUAAUGGUGACAUGGGAGAACUGGGUGUAUCAGUCUAGGUCCAAUCAGGAAACAAACCAUAUAGUUAAUUUAUUUUUUUAUUUUAUUUUAUUUUUUAUUUUUUUAAACCAUAUAGUAAUUUAAACAAGGGAAAUUUAAUAUAUUAAGAAAUUAGCAAGCUCCGCUAGAGUAACUGUAAACUGGAAAGGAAACUCUAAAGUAUACUCGAGGGCUGAGGGAUAAUACCCCCAUGGAAGGACACAUUUCGAAGGGGGCCACACCCCAAAGCUGGGGUUCAUACCUUGUUGGAGCACAUGUGGUUGCAGCUGGCUUGCCUGGGCCAGAGCUAGUCCACAGUCACUGGGCAGGCAGGAUCUGUCUGUGGUGCACGCAAGCUGAGGCUAGUGGGUGGGCAUGCAUGGCAGUCAGGGCACCCCUGCAGGCAGGCUGCCUGGGAUGCGUCAUGUCUGUGUUGGGAGGGCCAUGGGAAACAGACCUCUAGGGUUCAGGCGAGCCAGCGUCGAUGGGCAAGUGUGCAGGAGUCUGGGAAGCACGGCCAGAGCCGAUUGCUGGAGCGGUAGCCACCUUAUUCAGGUGGUCAGACAUUUCUGUGUAUCAUGUGGGCCAGGGCGGCUCCAGGCCACUAUGUGGGACAAGGUUGGGUAGUAGGCUCACUAGAUAGCCAGCCCUGCAGGACCCCUCACCUGUGCAGAGGCAUGGGGGCUGAGGAGAGGUUGGAGGAAGCCAGUAACUGAGGCUGGGGCACAAGUCCGGCCUCUCUGGGGCUCCCAGCUAUGUUGUUGCUUGCUGAGUGAGUCCAGUGCUAGAGAAAGCAUGAAAUGCCGAAUACCAGACGAGCUGUGCCCUGCAGAUACCUGGCAUUGGAGAACCCAGAUCGUUCUUGGCGGAAGUGUAGGUCACUGAGCAGAUUCAUCACUCCCACCCUUGCUGUCAUGAGCGUAUUAGAGUAAGUGUCAGGGAAAGAAGCUCAGAGACACGUGUGGCGCUGCUCAUCUUGUCCACUGAGCUUUGAGAGCUGCGUUUGCAGGGCGUGUCCUCGCUGAGCAUAUUCACACAGGACACAGAGGCCCUUGCGUGCCGAGUCCGUCCUCACACCCCUUCUCUAGAGCCCUUUGCCACCAGUUAUCGCUUCUUGUUCUUUCCAAAUUCCUGACCGUCCUGCCAGACAGUAGCUUCCGUCAGUGAAUUGGUGUGGAUCUGCAUCUCUGGCCAUUCUUCCUUCCUGGCAAAGGGUCCAUCCGACCAUACUUCUCAGACCUGUGCCCGCUGGUCUGGAUUUUCCUGCCACUGGGCCUUCAGGACCGAGUCUGAGUGUAGUGUCAUGUUGCAGCCAUCCGCUGGCUGGUGCCAACACAUCACUUAAACCAACUGUAAACAGACUCAGCGUUUUCUUCCCUGACCGUUGGUCUUAGGGGAGUCCCUGAGAGGCUGUAGGUGUAGUUUCUAAAGUGGCGGUGAAGGAACUUGACUCUGCAUAUUGUGCAUGUGAUUCCAGGAUCUUCUGGCACAAGUUACCCCGACGGGCAGCUCAGCUCCCGUGUCAGGCAGUCAGCCUUUCCUGUCUGUCUCUCUGAAAACCACUGGAGAGGCUUCUGCUUGUUCAUUCAGUGAACGCUGCCUGCCCUAGGAGUGAUGCUAUGGAAGGUGUUAGUGGAAAGAAUGUGAUUGGGACAAAGUCUCUGGUCUCACUGAGCCAUGGUCAGUUUCUCGGGAGAGGUGGGUGCAUGUGGUUGAGAAGUGCUGCGGGAGCAGGAAGGCGGGACUGGCCACCCAGCCUGGAAGAGAAGGGGAGGGGGAGGGGAGGAGUCAGCUUUGAAAGGAAGAUGAUGCAGGAGUCCCAGCGCUCGCUCCGAGAGGUGAGAGGCGCUUUCCAGGUGGCUGAUGGGAGGAGGAGCUUUCCCUGACCCCUCCCAGGCAGAUGCUGGCAGAGAAGCCGUCCACUGUCGUCUUGGGAGUGCAGGUGUGGGAUUCAGACUGCCUGGAUUUGAAUCCUAGCUCUGUGAUGUUAGAUGAGGUUCCCUGAUGGUUCUGUUCCUUAGGUGUCACAGCUUUAAAAUGAGACAGUAGUGCCUACUUUGGAGUCAUUGUAAGAGUCAUAGGAAGAAGUACAUGUAUGGCAUUUCGCAUAAUGCCUGGCACUUGGCUCUUGGCUUUGUAGCCUGGUGUGAGUCAUUUCCUCUCCUUGGGGCUUUUGUAGUAACAUGCACAUCUUUUUGUAUUAAUGCUCUUUCUUUCAUUAUGUUGGAACAGCUCACUCCUGUGGCAUUUUCUCAAGAGCCAGAGAGUAUAUGUGGUCUUUGAAUCUGUCUCCAGCAUCUUGUAGGUCUUCCGUAAAUACUGACUGAACCAUACAGAGACUCCUUUUAAUUUUGGCAUGAAUCAUAGAACACCACCCUACCCCGCUGGGGAUUAUUGUCUUCUGUGCAGAAGUGAGCGGAAAGACUCUUCAUUCUUGGAGAGCGGAAUUAAGACUGCGAGCAAAUUGGCCCUUUCUAUGGCCCCCAAGGGCAACAGCGUGCUGCACCUGCCACUGUGGGUGUGCCCAGACUGCCGGCGGACUGUGGAGAAGGAGGAGAGGCAUAGUGGCCUCGACCAGCCAUCGCAGGGCCAAGACUUCCUUCUUCACUCCCCUCUCAGCGGCUCGCAGCCGGAGGCGGGCGGCGGGAGGCUGGCCCUCGGCGCACAGACGCUGCCCUCGGCCGGGCUGGGCGCCGCCCCCUCGGACGCCGCGUGUGCUUGCGAGGCCUGCAGCGAGCGCAGAGAGAUUUCGGCAGACACAGACCGGGAGCCCCAGCAGCUGCAGAACUACUGGUCAGAAGUGCGCUACAUGGUCCGCUGCAUUUACCGCCAGGCAGGGACUCCGCUGGCCGACGACCAAGACCAGAGUCUCGUGCCGGACAAGGAGGGGGUGAAGGAGCUCGUGGAUAGGCUCUGUGAGAGGGACCCUUACCAGCUGUACCAGCGGUUGGAACAACAGGCCAGAGAGUACGUGCUGGAGAUGAAGGUCCGGCUCCUCCGGCAGCUGUCGGCUGCAUCCAAAGUGAAAGCCCCGUCUGCCCUGCAGGGCCCUCCACAGGCACACCAGUUCAUCUCCCUCCUUCUCGAAGAGUACGGUGCCCUCUGCCAGGCGGCACGCACAAUCAGCACCUUCCUUGGCACGCUGGAAAACGAACACUUGAAAAAGUUCCAGGUGACGUGGGAGCUGCAUAAUAAACAUCUGUUUGAAAACCUGGUCUUUUCGGAGCCACUUCUCCAGAGCAACUUGCCGGCACUGGUGUCACAGAUCAGGCUGGGGACCACAACACACGACACGUGCAACGAGGACACGUACAGCACCCUGCUGCAACGGUACCAGCGCUCCGAGGAGGAGUUGCGCAGGGUGGCUGAGGAGUGGCUGGAGUGCCAGCAGAGGAUCGACGCCUAUGUCGAUGAGCAGAUGACCAUGAAAACCAAACAGCGCAUGCUGACAGAGGACUGGGAGCUUUUCAAACAAAGGCGAUUCAUUGAGGAGCAGCUAACCAACAAGAAAGCAGUUGCUGGUGAGAACAACUUCACGGACGCCAUGAGGCACAUGUUGUCCUCCCGGCUGAGCAUGCCCGACUGCCCCAACUGCAACUACAGGAGAAGAUGUGCUUGUGAUGACUGCAGCCUCUCACACAUCCUCACUUGUGGUGUCAUGGACCCCCCCGUCACUGGCGACAUCCACAGUCACCAGCUGCCCCUCCAAGUGGAUUCUGCUCCCGACUAUCUCUCUGAGAUGCGCCCACCUAGCGUGUCCUCAGCAAGCUCAGGGUCAGGUUCCAGCUCUCCCAUUACAAUUCAGCAACAUCCCAGACUCAUCCUCACAGACAAUGGCUCUGCACCAACUUUUUGUAGUGAUGACGAAGACGUUGCACCAUUGUCAGCUAAGUUUGCUGAUAUUUAUCCAUUGAGUAACUACGACGAUACUGAGGUGGUGGCCAACAUGAAUGGAAUCCACAGCGAAUUGAAUGGUGGCGGGGAAAACAUGGCUCUGAAAGAUGAGUCCCCUCAGGUAAGCAGUACCAGUAGUAGCUCUUCAGAGGCUGACGACGAAGAGGCAGAUGGCGAAAGCAGUGGGGAGCCGCCAGGAGCCCCAAAGCAAGACGUAGCUCUAGGCAAUGGGAGCCCCAGGAAAGAGGAAAGUAAAGUGGACAGUCCACCCCCAUCUUACCCAACUCAGCAGGCUGAACAAACUCCAAACACUUGUGAAUGUCAUGUUUGUAAACAAGAAGCCUCUGGACUGACAGCAUCAGCAAUGACAGCUGGCGCCCUUCCUCCUGGCCAUCAGUUCAUGAGCCCAGAGAAGCCCACACACCCUGCUCUGCAUCUUUACCCCCACAUCCACGGACACGUGCCUUUGCACGCAGUCCCACACCUGCCCCGCCCUCUCAUCCACCCCACCUUGUAUACAGCGCCCCCCUUCACACACAGUAAGGCUUUACCGCCAGCACCUGUUCAGAAUCACACAAAUAAGCAUCAGGUAUUCAAUGCAUCUCUUCAAGACCAUAUUUAUCCAAGCUGUUUUGGGAAUACUCCAGAGUGGAAUAGUUCUAAAUUUAUAAGUCUUUGGGGAUCAGAAGUGAUGAAUGAUAAGAACUGGAAUCCUGGCACUUUCUUGCCAGAUACAAUUUCUGGGGGUGACAUGCUAGGGCCAGCGCUGUCCGAACCCAGACCCGAAGCCCUCCCGCCUCCGCCCAGCGACGAGGCGCCCACCAUGUCGGAGAGCAAGGAGAAAAAAAGUGCCGCCAAACAGAAGUGCUUAUACAAUUUCCAAGACGCCUUCCUGGAGGCGAACAAAGUCGUGAUGGCCACGUCGUCCGCCACCUCCUCCGUAUCCUGCACAGCCACCACCGUGCAGUCAAGCAACAGCCAGUUCAAAGUGUCAUCCAAGAGGCCUCCCUCCCUAGGCGAGGUGUUCCACGGCGUCAGCAAGGAGGACCACAGACACGCGGUGCCGGCCGCCCCGAGGAACAGCCCCACGGGCCUGGCGCCGCUCCCCGCCCUCGCCCCUGCCGCCCUCGCCCCCGCCUCCUCGCCUCACCUCGCAAGUCUCGCAGCCCCGUCCUUCCCCAGCACCGCGGCCACGUCCCCCGGGUUUGUGGACACGCGCAAGAGCUUCUGUCCUGCUCCCGGAGCCCCCCCGCCCCCCACCACAGACGGCUCCCUCAGCGCCCCCCCCAGCGUCUGCAGUGACCCCGACUGCGAGGGGCACCGCUGUGAGAACGGCGUGUAUGACCCGCAGCAAGACGACGGGGACGAGAGUGCUGACGAGGACAGCUGCUCCGAGCACAGCUCCAGCACCUCGACCUCCACCAACCAGAAGGAGGGCAAGUACUGUGACUGCUGCUACUGUGAGUUCUUCGGGCACGGCGGGCCUCCGGCUGCACCAACAAGUAGGAAUUAUGCGGAAAUGAGGGAGAAGCUUCGUUUGCGGCUGACCAAGAGGAAAGAGGAACAGCCUAAGAAAGCGGACCAGCUCUCUGAGAGGGAGGGUGUGGUUGACCAUCGCAGGGUGGAGGACCUUCUGCGGUUCAUAAACAGCUCUGAGCCCAAGCCAGUGAGCAGCACCCGAGCCGCCAAGCGAGCCAGGCACAAGCAGAGAAAGCUGGAAGAGAAGGCGCGCCUGGAGGCAGAGGCCCGGGCCCGGGAGCACCUGCACCUCCGGGAGGAGCAGCGGCGGCAGGAGGAGGAGGAGGAGUUUCAGCGGCUUCAGGAGCUUCAGAAGCUGAGGGCUGUGAAAAAGAAGAAGAAGGAGAGGCCAAGCAAAGACUGUCCCAAGUUGGACAUCCUUGCUAGAAACUUCCAGGCAGCAGCAGAGUCUGUACCUAACUCUGAAAACAUGCACAAUGGCUCACUAGAGCAAAUGGAAGAACCAGAGACCUCACCUCACUCCCCUUCCAGACACGGGGACCACUCAGAGCCUGGGCCGGGGCCGGGGGCCGACGGCGAUGCCACCGACCCCAUGGACGCCAGAGACUCCAAGCUCCUCCUCCCGAAGGAGGUCAGCGGGAAGCAGCAGGAGCCGCUGUCUUUUCUCCUUGACAUCAUGCAUCAGCACAAGGAGGGGAGUGGCAAGCAAAAGCUCAAGCAGACCAGUAAGGCCAGCAGCGAGCCGGCAAGAAGGCCGGCCGAGCCCCCCAAGGCCUCCGAGAGCCAGCCCAGACCCCGGCCCCAGACUGAGUCGAAGGCAAAAGUCCUGGACCUCACUCCCCUGGCAGAGCAGAAAAGAGAGGAGAGGAAAGUCAACAGUAACAACAAUAACAAAAAGCAGCUGAACCACGUCAAGGAAGAAAGGUUGAAUCUGGCCCCCCAGGAGCCUGCCUCCCCCAGCGAGCACCCUCAGGACAGCAAGCUGGUGCCCGCAGACUCUCCUCAGCCCAAGGGCAAGAGCAAGAAGAACAGGAAGAAGAAAGGAGACAGAGUCAGCAGCUCAAUCGAUGAUGUCUUUCUGCCUAAAGAUAUCGACCUAGACAGCGUGGACAUGGACGAGACAGAGAGGGAAGUGGAGUAUUUCAAAAGAUUCUGUUUGGAUUCGGCUAGACAGACCCGACAAAGACUGUCCAUCAACUGGUCCAAUUUUAGCUUGAAAAAGGCCACUUUUGCCGCCCACUGAAUGAGGACCGCCUGGAGAGGGACGCGCAGGAGGUGGGCCAGGCCUCGGAGCUGCUGUGCUUGCCCGGGGCUGUGCCGGGUGGGCCACCGCACCCGAGACCACCCCCAGACCGAGAACUCGCUGCUCGGCCCGCGUUGGUAGCUCGUGUGCGUGUAGUCUGUGAGCGAGGCUUCGACCACAGCGCUGCGCUGUCGGAUUGGAACAGUGGCUCCCGCCAGUUUCCCACCACGCGGCCUCAGAGCCUGGGCCGUGGCCAGAGACGCGUUCCGUCAUCCACGUGGCUCGUUGCCUCUGCAUCUCGCCCUGUCCUGUCAUCUGCCCCCGCCGGGGCACUGCCGUCACUCAGCUCUCGUGUGCCCUGCAUCCCACCCGAGGCGGGCUGGGCGGGCAGGCGCUCUUCCGUUCUCCUCCACAAUCUACUGUUUAAGAGUGUACACGUUGCGCUGUUUGUGUCUGAUCCCCCUGACUUGUAGCCAGCUUGUGUAAGAUCCCUUGCAGAAUGAGAAAGUUCAAAAACAAAACCCCACCCAGUACUCACACCAUCAAGUCUGUUAGAGAGUGUACGACUGUAUUAACACGGAGGCCUGCCUGGCUACUUUUUUAACAUAUUGUUAAGUAAUAUUAAAAUCAUGUCUUUCUUUUUGAAAGAUGGAAUACAUUAGUACAGCAGAA